AUACGCAUUUCGUUGGUGAUUUAGAAACAUGGCGGAAGGAAAUUCACCGGGUGACGCGAAAUUUGCUAAGCGUAUCGACCCGAAGAAAGAUAACUUGACUCAAGAACAACUAGAGUUUAUGCGAAAAGUAGAGCUGGCUCAAUGGCAGAAAAAUCUUCAGAAGCGGCGCGGAAGGAAUGUGAUCACGGGCUUAGCUAUUGGAGCCAUCGUCUUGGGCAUCUAUGGAUACACUUUUUAUUCUGUAUCUCAGGAACGAUUUUUGGAUGACUUGGAAGAAGAGGCAAAAGGCGUUCGAGCAAGAAAUGCUUCCAGGACUUCAGCAAACUGAAACAAUUAGUUUAUGGAAUGCGUGUACAGUUUUUCCUCUGGAUUUGUGGAAGACCAAACUGAGCAAAUACACAUCUAGCAAGGAAUUUAAAAUAUUAAAUACGCCGAUCAUGAUGCACAUUUUUCAAAAUGCAUUGUUUGGCUGUUUUUGACCUUGAUCUGGGAAUAAUAUUUUGUCAGUGCAGCUGAAAGAUCCACUUGUCUAUAAUAAUGUGGUGAAAAUGUGGUAAAGUGGAAUGUAAACAUUUGUGAUAUCAAUAAACUGGGAACAUUGAUUAUAAAUUACUCUUUGCCAAACUGUACCCAAGAUUUUACAAGUUCUUUGUAUGUUCUAUGUUUCUUUGUAUUUUAAGGUCCCAUGAAUUAGAAUCAGAAUCAAAUUUAAUAUCACCAACAUAUGUCAUAAACUUUGUUAACUUCACAGCAGCAGUACAAUGAAAUACAUGAUAAAUAAGUAUAGAGAAAAAAACAGAGUUACAUGUAGUGUAUAUAUAUCUGAUAAAUAGUUGAGUUAAAAUAAGUUGUGCAAAAUAACAGAAAUAAAAAAAGUAGUGAGGUAGUGUCCAUGGUUUCAAUCUCCAUUUAGGAAUCAGAUGGCAGAGGGGAAGUAGUUGUUUCCAUCUUGCUGAGUUUGUGC